AUGCAUCGCCUCCCGCGGGCCUUUCGGCUGCGGCAGCAACAUCUCGUGCCGCCGCGCAUGAACAGAUUACCCCAGCAAAGACGACUCGCACACACCAUGCCCAACGGCAAGGGCGAACCCAUACGAUACCAAGCCGUGCGCUUCAAGAAACCCGGGCUCACCAUGCGACGCAUAGCCACGAUAGGUCUCUACGGUGGUGCAAUAUACGCCUACCUCAAUCUCAUGGCCAAGUACCUGGACAUCACGAUCGAGAAAUUAGACGAGAUGGAGCUGGAGGACGAAGAGGAAGAGGGAGUGGACGAGGAGGACCAGGAAGGCCCCUUCUAUGCCGAUGAGAACAGCACGUUCAUCCCCAUGACCUGGGCCACGAAGCAGGCAAGAACGUUCUACAAAGGCUCAGAUCCCGAGUGGCAGGAGUUUGUGAAGAUGGCGAAAGACAAGCCGCGGCAAAAGAAAAUACACGAAGAACUGGUACAGGUCGUGUACAAGGGCGCGCAGCAACAUCCCGUGAUCGCGAGGCAGCUAGGGAAGGACACGAAGGUCGGGAAGUAUUGGCUGGACCUCUCCUUCCCCGAUGGUCCACCUCCAGAGUUCGAGAGGAGCGGCAUCGAAAUUGGCGACGGCUACAUCGCGUGGAGUCAGCAACGGAUAACUCCAGAGAACCAAUGGCGGCUCAUGCGUGCAUUGUGGCCACAGGCAGCCUUCAACUCAGUGUGGGCGACGACAAAAGUGCUUGCAGGAAUACAAUACAGAAGAACGAAGCAAGCACUAGGGUGGGAAGGCAAGGAUCCGUUCAGCCCGGAAGAGAGAUAUAGGCAUGCUGUGGAGAUGAUGGAGAAGCAACAGGCAGCACGGGAAGGCAAGCAGCUUGGCAAAGCUCAAACGGAACCCGAAGGCAACUCUAGCGCAGUCGUUAAUGCUUCUACUGCGACCGGCACAAACUCGACCCAAGCCACGACCGGAGAUGGCAAGAAGCUGCCUUGGACGUUCAACGUACCACUCCCUCCGGCCGCGACAACAGGCUCUACAGAUGCUCCCAUCGCGUUGGCUGUCUUUCAAUCGGCGCUCUCCCAGCAGUGGAAUCCGAAGAAGAUGGAGCCACCGAAAGGGACUUUCGUCGUGCAGGGACUUGUCGAGAUUCGAGGGUCUAGGGGGCGCAUGCUCUUCGACGUGCAGUCCUGCUACGACCCCAAAGCCGCCAAGUAUGUCACCGUGCGACUGCACAUGAGGAAUUUCAAGAGGUGGAAUCAAGCGCCUCGGGGUGGACCGUGA